UGGACUUUCUAGCUUUACUCUACCUGUUUCAUUCUGAAAUAUGUGCAUUUUCGAAUCAUUUUGCCGAAUUGAAAUCCUGGUUCGAUAAAAAUGUUAAGGGCCGACAAGAUGCGGAAACGACUGACACUAUAAUAAUGCUCUGUCUUAUAAAAGUGAAAAAAUUAAGGCGGGCUCAAAAUACUGAUACAGCCAAUACGAAUACUGAAAAUAUAGAAAGGCAGCCUGAAAUGAACUUCGAAAAUACGGACAAUAUAAAUAGUGCUAAUAGAGAAACGCAGCCUGAAAUUAACUUAGGAACAAGUUUUAACAAUACGAAUGCUGUCGAAAACUACAUAAUCCUCCCGACCAUAAAAAUGCCAAACAUUACGGUUAUCAUUGUUGAAGAAGAGUUAUCCCAAGUGGCUAGAACGGGAUUCGGUGGAGAAAAUGAUCUAGCUAAAAUAAUUGGACAAUUCAAAGAUUGCUUGAAGAAGAAAUUAGAGGUUCUUGCGGAAAUAAAGGAAUAAAA